UGCACACACAAAAGAAUUUUUUUGCGCUCAUAGCUGAGAAGGAUUUAGAGGGAACAUUGCUUUUGAGACCUCCUGCGGGUGCCAGCUCAACACUGGUUUCUAUUUGACAGGCAAUGAAUACACAGACAGAGCAAGCUCAGGAAUAUUUAGCAGGAAUGCUGCACAUUAGAGUGAGAUAACCCCCUGGUACUGGAAUACAGUGUGUUGGUGGUUGUUUAUGGCUGAUUUAGUUACAGAAUUGCAAAUGUGAGUUUUUUCUUUGCCACUGGUCUCUUUCCCUCCCUCUGUGUCUCUCCAUCCCUCCCCCUCUUCCUUUCUUCUUCCUGUAGCACAGAUCUGAAUCAGCUGCAACUUCAGACACUGUUCAUCCUCACCAUCCCGGAGCCAGCAGGCAACUCAGUGGAGAUGUUUUCCUCACCCAAACCCCCGGGACACAGCAUUUAGAUCCACGCAUAGAUCACAGACUGUUCUAUUUUAACAUUUUACUCUAACUUCUCUCACCCUGUAACCUCAUCUCCUUUUCUCCCUGAAAGCCCUUUCCGUUCACCAACAAACUUCUUCAACGAAUUCAUUAAAACCCCUCCCCAUCGAUAUUUAUUUUGUAGUUAUAGUCCUUAUAACUAUUAUUUUUUCAUUGCUAUCCUGUCCUCUACAUAGAACAAACUCUGUUUCACCACAAGGACGACUCUCUCUUUCCUUUCUUAUUAACAUUACUUGCUUUCUUUACUUUGCUUUUACUGGGGUGGUCGCUGCGUGGGGAUGAGUGCACAGGAAGAUGACAAGUCGGGUGGUUUUGCUCUGGAUACAGAAUUUCUCAGAUCUCCAAAAGGACGAAUACUUAUUGCUGAGCUGAUCCUCUGCUUUGUGGUUUUCAUCUGCUUUGCUGCCUACUCCUCGUCUUAUUUGGCAGCCCCACUGCUUGAGUUCAUCAUUACGACUGUCUUCUUUAUCAUUGUCUGCAGCCGAUACCAUCUUCGCUUAACAGCUCUCAACUGGCCUUGCAUGGAUUUCCUGCGUUGUGUCUCUGCUGCAUUAGUUAUUCUGGUUGUUUCUGUUGUGGCCGCAGCUCGCGGGGCAGGAGAUGGUGCGGCAAUCACAGCAGCUCUUUUUGGAUUUUUGUUAGUUUGUGUGUUCUGCUAUGAUGCAUUCACCAUUUACAAAUCAGAGACCACAGCAAAUACAGCAGAGACAAGAGAUGGCGAGUAGGAUCUAACAUCUGAAACUGGAAGUACAUGGAAUUGACCAUCACCAGUCUUCUUAACUCUGCAGAUAACAAAGUUGUCACAUAUCUUCAAAAUAUUGUCUUCACAAAACCUGGAAUGAACCAAAUUCCAGAUGAACCAUAGAGUUCUGAGCUUAUUGAGCAUAAACACAAAAAUCAGAGGCGAAUGCUCAAGUAUCAAUUUUAAAUUAUUUACUACUCUAGUUACCAGAGGGUUAUUUGCAUGUAUGAUGGCAGUGUUAGUAAGUUAUUCAUAGUAUGCCUUACGUUGGUGCUCUUUAUAUGUGACUACACUAUACCAAAUGUAUGAUGAGAUCUCUAAUCUCAGUAUCCAUGGAAGCCCCCAGAAUACAGCUUCUUUUGAUUGGUCUACAUAUCACAUAUACAUUAGCAAUGGUUUGGCCAUGGCUUUUAUUUCAAGAGUUUUUUUUUUUUAAUACACCCCAGGUUCCUGAAGACCUCUUUGGAUGACAUGAUUUUAUUAUGUCAUCCCUCAAAUAUCAACUAAUAAUGAUGUGAAUAAUGGCUCACUGGAAAAAAAUGGACAACACUACAACGCUUAGGAAAAUAUAUAAGUAGGGGUUCAGUGGUAUUUUUUAACUGAUUAUUUUCUUCAUGCUAUUUAGAAUUAAUAUUUACAUUUAUGUUUACAUUUUGGCCUAACAUAAUUAAGGGUUACUUUUUUUCACACUACGACUGCGGCUAGUAGGAUCAAAACAGUACUGCAGAGAGGGCUAUUAUGUCCCUGCACUAGAAGAGACAAAUUUCUAGUUAAAAACACCUUGAAGCACUUUGCUACCAUAGACGUCUUAAGGCAAAGGCACAUUGUACGUUUUUGUCACCCAUGCUUAAUCUUAUCCAACAUGGGUGACCAAAUGUUUCACAAUACCAUUGCAUUUGUGUCAGUGUAAACCACCACCAGAAAAAUAUUUCAGUUGUAUAACCAUUUUAAAAUCUGGAAUAAGACUAUUUCUGCAGAUUAUGCGACGGACAAGUUUUAGUGGCAAAGAUCUACACUGAAACCAACAGAAAGGUAUUUUCUGACAUUUUGUCAUAUAACUGUAGGGGAUUAAGUCCGACAAAAUGUAUCAUGUGCCAUUAGCCUUCAGGCAGUAUCACGUGUUAAAUCAUUUUUUUUGCUAGUAGAAAAGUGGGGAAAAAAACAUGACUGACGUGACCCUAAAACAGUCUAAUUCAGGAGAAUGCAAAUAAGGGAGACUUACCUGCUGUGGUGACAGACAACUAGACAAGCCCAUUUAAGAUAGCAUUUAACUAGAUUUUUCUAUAUGCCUAUAUUUUGAACAAGUUAUAGAAGUGCUGUGCAAUGGCUUCUGUGUUGUGGGCCUGUGAUCCAACAGAAAGCAUUUUUGAGGGUCAAUCUACUGUAUAUUAAAAUGGUGAUGUCAGAGAAAGCAGCUUUUUCACCAUUGACAGAAUGAAAGAUGCUGUAUUUUUAUAGCAUUUUCUCUCUAAUUUUCUAAACUAUGUGACCAAAAUUUAAAUUAGAGUAAGUUAGGCAAUUUUUUUACCAUGUUUGAUAUUUUAUAUUACUUGCUAAUAUAAAAAAAAAUCUUUUAAGUCA